ACCAACUAAAUCUUUAUUCUUUUCUGCUCUGGAAACUUGGUUUUAUAUUCAAUUAUUACAAAAGCCCUCUGGUUCUCUGAUAACUGAAGACAAAUAUGUUUCAGGUUAUUAUUAUUUUUUUUCUAUCAAUCAGGCUUUUAGUCUACCAUGGUGCUUGGAAUCAGUCAUCAAUAACCAAGACACAAUUAAAAGGGUUCGACAGUAUGUAUAAAUACUGACAGUAUGGUAAAAUAAUUAAUUAAUAUAUAGUCAUAAUUCAAGUCUUCCCUAAAAACAAGGCCCACUCAAGUACAUACGUUUAAAUGCAAUAACUAGAGCUUGCUUUAGACAUAUCAAUGAAAAAAAUUCCUCCAAAAGCAAAUCUGAAAGUAAGGAACAAUGUAUUUUGAAUAAUUUCUUGUUUGUCAAGACAGUGCAAUAUUUUCUAGAAUAAGUAAAUCAGGUGCAUGGUAGUACUUUAAUAUCAGUUUUUUGAUUUUGUUAUUUAUUUUUUAAAGACUGGAUUUAAACUCCUGAUAUAAAGCAGACUUUUAAUUUCCCGUUUUUCAAAGAUAAUAUUGAAAGGUCGCUUUCUAGCUUUUAAAGUUUUAAGAAAUGACUCAUUGUACUACCACUGUCUUACAGGCUUCAAAAUCAAAUAUCCGGUCAAUACUGUGCAUUUUGAUUUGGCAAACAUGUAUCCUUUUUAUGUGUUGUAAUGGAACUUAUUAUUAAGAACUUUUUAUUGCUAGUUCCCAUGUUUUAGUUAGUAGAUCUUCAGAACACUCCAUUAAAUAGAUAAAAAAGAACAUUGCAUGCUUUAAUGAAAUACACUGAAUGUGUCAGUUGUAACAAAAAUAUCUGACCAAGCUUCAUAAAAUAUCUGGAAAGUUUCUCAUCUUAUUGAUUUCAGAUUUAUCUUUAAAAUUUUAUUUAUAUACUUUCACCAUUUUCUAAUUACUAAAGAAGCCUACAUUCAGAGAGGGGCAUUCUCAAGGCUGCAGCCUUGCUCCCUAGAAAGACAGCAUGCAACCAAACAUUUGAGAGAUAUGUCUAAAUAAGGAUCCCUAAAUAAGGAUUGUUUCAGACUAAAACCAAAAAACGUUUUCCUCUCCAGUGAUCAAAAGCUGUGGAAAUUCUCGUGCCCAAAGAGACAGUGGCAGAGCAUUUGACUGAGAGCGCUGGAUGGCUUAAGGGUGGCUGGAAGCCUGUGUUUGACAAAGAGCUGAAUGCUCCAGGAAAAUGCCAGGGCCCCACCUUCUGGACUGUGGGCCCAGUGGAUCUGGUCUGGCUUGGUUUCAGCCCUGGUUCUAAGGAACCCUGGAAAACCUACUUAGUCCAGUUCCUUGUGAAGCACAACAAAAAGUCAAGUAAAUUCUAGGCUCACCAUAGAAUUUUUGAACAUCUCAGAUCAGCCUCAGAAGUGACUUUCAUUCAAGACAUAUUUAAUGAACACCUACUAUUUUUCAAGGCCAUGGAACUCCCAAUUCCCCCAAAAGAGAGUUUUUGUUUUUAUUGAUUUAUUUUCCCCUAGAGAAGUUAGAGAUCUUCCAUGGCAAGUCAAAGGUAUCAAAACUCACAGAGCGGCUAAGUGUUCCUCUCCCUGCUGUGAAAGCUAAACUUACAUUUCUUAGAAAGAGGAUCGUGUCAUCAUUUACUGUGUUCCUUAAAGUCUCCGAAUAUUGCCACUACAUGAUUAUAUUUUUCCCAUAAUGCCUUUUGUUCUUGUUUUUUAAACCUUUUUCCAAACUUGAAUCAAAAUCUACAUAGGGGCCGGGUGUGGUAGCUCGUGUGUAAUCCCAGCACUUCAGGAGGCCAACGCCGCCGGAGGAUCCCUUGAGCCCAGGAGUUCAAGAUCAACCUGGGAGACAUAGCUAGACCCUGUGGAAAAAAAAAAAAAAAAAAAAAAAAUCUGCUUGGGAACUAUGUUCCAAGGGUUUCCUGCAGAAACAGGAAUCGUUUCCAUGGUGUGUGUGUGUAGUCUAUAAUUUUGUCAAACUUUUGUGUGUGCUUUUAAUGGUUUAUGAGAACGUCAAUUAAGAACAUCAAAUGGUUUCCAAGAAAAGACCCUAGAGUAGAAAAUUACCAUAAAUAUCAAGAGAAAUGAGUAGAUGACCCCAGGAUCACUUUGAAGGAUGAAACAGGCUUUUAAAGGUCCUGGGCACACUGCACAGCCUAACAGCUUAUUAAAAACACUAAAACAAGACUUGUGACUUUAUUGCAUUGUUGUGACACCAGAUUCUAUUGUUUGGGUGUCCCCUCCUGUCUCCCACAAAUCCACUUCCGUAUGUCUGAAAAUCCGUAAUAGGUCUAAUGAUUAUCAAGCAAGGGAGGUCUCAAGAAUAUUGUACCUUGAGAAGUAUAAGAACUUCCCAGAGGUUAUGUUACCAUAAAAUAUCUAGUUUCUAGUGCUUAAAACAUUAAAUUGUUUGCAACAUAUUUUUCCGUACGUUAAUCAACAUACUUUGCGAUCCCUUAUUAAGUUCUAGCCUCUGCAACAAACGUGAAAAAAAGCAAAGACACAUAACUCAAAUGUGAGAAGCACGGAAAUUUCCUAGACCGCAGGGUUCGUUCUCAGUAGUCGGCAAUAAGCUGGCUUUCAGAGUCAGGAACUUGAGUUGAUAAAGUUGUUUUGGAGGAUGCCCCAGCUGUGUGAAGGUCCAUUUCGUUUUGCAUCUGAAGAGAAGCAAGCGAGACUCCCCUACAGGGAGUAAUGGUUCAGCGGGGCAAGGUUUGAAAACCCAGAGCUGGACAAAGGCGGGAACGCACGCCGCCGCGCCGGGGCUAGGGGUGCUGACGGCCCGCGCGGCUCGCGGGCCUCCGGGUUUGAGGCCUGGGGUCAGCCCUGCUCCGGGCUUCGCGCCCGGGCGCGGGUCAGAGCCGCCAACUUCGGGCCAAUCAGCGAGCGGCGUCCCGGCGCCCGCAGCUCCCAGGCCCGCGCCCCCCGCGCCCCCGCAGCAGGAAUGGCAGGAACGGAUCCGGGCCGAGCCCGACCCGGGACAAGGAGGGGCUGAGCCGCGGGGGAUCCUGGAAUCGGCAGGGAGGUGGGGAUUCUGGGAGGAAAACUCCAUUUCCUCCUUCUCUGCCGGUUUCUCCCCUCUACCCUGGCACCCCAAAUUUCGAUGUGUCGCCUGCCGGGCGCUAAGCGCCGGUGUUGAGAGAGGCGGCGGCCGCCGCGCCCGGGAAAAUGCUGGGCAUGUACGUGCCGGACAGGUUCUCCCUGAAGUCCUCCCGGGUUCAGGACGGCAUGGGGCUCUACACGGCCCGCAGAGUGCGAAAGGGUGAAAAGUUCGGACCCUUUGCUGGAGAGAAGAGAAUGCCUGAAGACUUGGAUGAAAAUAUGGAUUACAGGUUGAUGUGGGAGGUUCGUGGGAGUAAGGGAGAAGUUUUGUACAUUUUGGAUGCUACCAACCCACGGCACUCCAACUGGCUUCGCUUCGUUCAUGAGGCACCAUCUCAGGAGCAGAAGAACUUGGCUGCCAUUCAGGAAGGAGAAAACAUUUUCUAUUUGGCAGUUGAAGAUAUAGAAACAGACACGGAGCUUCUGAUUGGCUACCUGGAUAGUGACAUGGAGGCUGAGGAGGAAGAACAGCAAAUUAUGACAGUCAUCAAAGAAGGGGAAGUUGAAAAUUCUAGAAGACAAUCAACAGCGGGCAGAAAAGAUCGCCUUGGCUGUAAAGAGGACUAUGCUUGUCCUCAAUGUGAAUCGAGUUUUACCAGUGAGGAUAUUCUUGCUGAGCAUCUCCAGACAUUGCACCAGAAACCCACAGAGGAGAAAGAAUUUAAGUGCAAGAACUGUGGGAAGAAAUUCCCAGUUAAGCAGGCUUUGCAAAGACAUGUUCUUCAGUGCACAGCGAAAAGCAGUCUGAAGGAGUCUUCGCGAAGUUUUCAGUGCUCUGUUUGCAAUUCUUCCUUCAGUUCAGCAUCGAGUUUUGAGCAGCACCAGGAGACUUGCCGGGGGGAUGCCAGGUUUGUGUGCAAGGCUGACAGCUGUGGAAAGAGGCUGAAGAGCAAGGAUGCCCUGAAAAGACACCAGGAAAAUGUCCACACUGGAGAUCCUAAGAAAAAGCUUAUAUGUUCAGUGUGCAAUAAAAAGUGUUCUUCAGCAUCAAGCCUACAGGAACAUAGAAAGAUUCAUGAGAUAUUUGAUUGUCAAGAAUGUAUGAAGAAAUUUAUUUCAGCUAAUCAGUUAAAACGUCAUAUGAUCACCCACUCAGAAAAACGACCCUAUAAUUGCGAGAUUUGUAAUAAGUCUUUCAAGAGGCUUGAUCAAGUGGGUGCUCACAAAGUAAUACACAGCGAAGACAAACCUUACAAAUGCAAACUUUGUGGAAAGGGAUUUGCCCACAGAAAUGUUUACAAGAAUCAUAAGAAGACCCACUCUGAGGAGAGACCGUUCCAAUGUGAAGAAUGUAAAGCUUUGUUCCGGACCCCAUUUUCUUUGCAGAGACACCUGCUAAUACAUAACAGUGAGAGGACUUUCAAGUGCCAUCACUGCGAUGCUACCUUUAAGAGGAAGGAUACAUUAAAUGUUCAUGUCCAGGUGGUUCAUGAAAGACACAAGAAGUAUAGGUGUGAGCUAUGUAAUAAGGCCUUUGUUACACCUUCAGUGCUUAGAAGUCAUAAGAAAACACAUACAGGAGAAAAGGAGAAAAUCUGCCCAUAUUGUGGCCAGAAAUUUGCCAGCAGUGGUACACUCAGAGUUCAUAUCCGGAGCCACACAGGUGAGCGACCCUAUCAAUGUCCUUACUGUGAAAAAGGAUUCAGUAAAAAUGAUGGACUGAAGAUGCACAUUCGUACUCACACCAGGGAGAAGCCGUACAAGUGCUCAGAGUGCAGCAAGGCCUUCAGCCAGAAGCGAGGCCUGGAUGAGCACAAGAGGACGCACACUGGAGAAAAGCCUUUUCAGUGUGAUGUUUGUGACUUGGCUUUUAGCCUGAAGAAAAUGCUGAUUCGACACAAGAUGACUCAUAAUCCCAAUCGUCCCCUGGCAGAAUGCCAGUUUUGCCAUAAGAAGUUUACAAGGAAUGACUACCUCAAAGUGCACAUGGACAAUAUCCAUGGUGUAGCUGACAGCUAGUGGGGCUGUAAAGGAAUUAAACUAUUCAGAAGGGCUCCUAAUAUGAAUCCCAGAUUUUUCUCACCUGAUCAGCAUAACAGAAGUAGCCAAAAGUGACUUACUGGUCUCAUAGUUCUUAUUUGCCUACAUUUAGAGUCUGUAGAUGCAUAUGCAACCAAAAAAAAGUCUUACUUUUAACAAGAAAUGGUAUAAAUGGAAAAAAAAUACAACUCCAUAGCCUUGCAAAAUGCAACUUGUGCUCUGUCUUAUAAAAAUGGAGAAAGGAGUCAUGGCUCUCUUUCUUGGCCAUCCCUCUGUAAUGAAGUUUAUAAUAUACUUCCCUAAUAGGCCUUUUUAUUUUAUUGUUAUUCUUUGUGUGUCUGUGUGUCUGUGUGUCUGUAUGUGUCUGUGUGUGUGCACUCACUUGCAAAUGCCAGUUGUUGCAGCUGGUUUUACCAAUUUAAAUAGAAAUAAAUCAAGAUAUCCAACUAUUUCUUUGCAGAUGAGGGUAAGAAUAAGUUAUCAAAGUCUCAAGUUUGAUAGGAAAAUAAAUACUUGCUAUUUUAUAUGAUUUUGAAGAGUUUCAUGUCAGUGGAAUUUUUCUGAAUAACAUCAAACUUUAAACUCCAUUUUUUUUUUUGGUAACUUGGAUAGUUGUGCCUUGCAUUUUCUGUGUUAAUAUUUUUAGUUAUGGGGCUGUUUAAUGCAUGUUGAGCCAGGUGGGAAUGUGGCUAUUUUAUAAGACAAACCAAGAGCUGAGCUUAUCUAAUAGCUCUGUGCAACAAAUGAGUUUAAAAUAGAUAUUUGAUAACUAAAACAUCUAUUAAAAUAUUGCUCAUUUUAGAGGAUUCUUAGGAAACAUUAUUUAUUCUCAUCAUUCAGAUGCAGACAUUCAUGGUCUGGAAUACUUUUAUAAGUUCUACACAAAAAUGACCAUCACAUUUAAAUAUUCAGCAGGCUACCCCUCUUGAAUUUAGACCGUUUAGCUAUAGAAAUUAACAGUAUACCAAUAUACAUAAUUAAAAAUAGAAACCAAAUAGAUUCUCUGUAUUUGGCAACAGAGUGGCAGAACAAUAGUGGCAUUUCCACAUUUGUUAGGAUGAACAUAGCCCUUUCCCCUCUCCUUCCAUAAAAGUGCACAGAACAUGUUAGUGCAGAUACAGUCCUCAGAGCAUUAACAUUCCAUUUUGCAAACGACAUUUUCCAGAAUCUUGGCAGUAGGUAAUUCUGAAACACUUUUGAAUUACCUUCAAUCAUCCCAUAUAAUUAGGAAUCCAGAAUACAAAGUACAAACUUGGCAAUUGUUAUGAUUGAAAUUGUCACUGAUGCUUAAGGGAAAUUGAAGCAAGAAGCAUAAUUUCUUCCUUUAGGUUAUAUUUCAGCAAAAUACUUGACAGCAACAUACAAUGAACAGCUUGUUUGGAGAGAUGAUAUGAUACAAUGUAAUAGUGAUGUCAAAAUAACCUAGAGGAAUAUCCAAAAACCAGAAAAACGUUAAAAUGAAGCCCAACUCAUGAACCUCUCUAACUGAAGCCCAGUCGAAAGAAAGGAAGUAUAGUUUUAAGGAAGUUAUUUGGUUCUAAUGAGUUAAGGAGAAAGGUUAUCUGAGACACAGUUCUUUGACUUCAGGAAUCUCAUUUUAGAAUUAUAUUCAUGCCCAGUUCCAGUUUUAAAAAGAAACAUAAAGAUUCAAUGUAGACAUUUGAAUGUUGUAAAAUACUAAAUUUGAAACUCAGAAGAGAUAACUUUUAAAAACAUAAAUCCUAAAAUUAUAAUUUAGAAGAUAUUUAAGUAUAGUUAUAUGUAAUAUUUUGAAUCUGAAAUUAUAGAUUGUAUUUUAUAAAAAUAAAUUUUGGCCUUGUUUCUCACUAUAUCAUUUGUUUCAACAAUAUAUUUUUAGAUCUAAAGUGUUUUCAUUUUAAUAUGAUAGUGUGUUUAAUAUCAUUUGAAUAUAAAAAGACAGCUGUAAAAUUUGGUAGUGUGUAUUAUUUAAGCACAUCCUGUAUAUUUCUUUGAAUGCUGCUUUCUCUAUAUGGGAUGCUUUAUAUCCCGAUUAUGUGAUGAAUGUAAAACUUGAAAGGAGUCCAAAUUCCAAUUUUGUGUAAUCUCAGUGAGUCACAGUUCACAUGGCUGCUGGGGAAAUUACCCUGAAAACUGUGGUGUCGCUAUGCUGUGGAGUAAACAGACAGGGAAGAGGUGCUGGGCUUUAUCCUGCUGAAGGUUUAUAGACAUGGAAAUCUUUAGAAAAUGGUGUAGAAGAACCUACACCAGAGAGUGGUACACCACUCUCUCCUUUCAGAGGACUGAAACCAAAACAAGUCCUUAGUAGACUAUUUGUAUGCUGUAAAUUUUUAUCCAAAAGACAAGUAUUCAUGGGUAGUUUCAGAUAUAUUAACAUUUGCUUGCUAAAACUUUUAAAUUACUUAGUAAUAACCAAAAAAAGACACUAUUUUAGGCAUGAUUGAUCAAUUGAAAGCAUAGAUAAUCAUAGAGGAAAAGUCUUACAGACAAGCUGAAGUACAGGUACCUACUUUGAAAUGUCUUUUGUUUCCUGCUGUGAAAGAUUUUGGCUGGGGUAUUUUCUUGGGAAAAGACCAGACCCUUAGGUGCCUAUAAAGUCUAAGUAAUUGAGACUUAGAAAUUGGCUAAGUAAAUUUAAGAGACGUUCAAUAAUGUAGGUGGGUUCAGAUACCCUUUUAUAACUGUCUUCUUAGUGUAUUAACACUCAAGAUGUUUGUGUAUCUUUAAUUUGCCUGUGUUUCACAAUAACUGGCUUUUGUUUUCCUUUUCAUGGUGUGUUGUUGGCUAUAUAGAGGCAUUUAUUGGCAAAUUAUAAUCAGCAGUUGCACCAUGGAAGUAUUCUUGGUGAUAAAUUCUUGGGGUUACAUAGUAUAGUUAACAUGUUAUUUUCAAGAAACAUGAGUGUGUGUGUCUGUGUGUGUGUGUCUGAAGAGUAUCACUUAUAUGCAGUGCAUAUACAUGUAAGUGCAUUACUUUGCUCAAAUAUCUUCUGACCUAUUGCAGUCAACUCAUGCAUGAGUGUGAACAUGUAUUACAGAAGGUCUUACAACCUUAGUUUCUGUUUUAGAUUUUAUGUGCUGCUUCCUUUCUCAAACAAAAGCCUGAAAGGAAAGAGGAUAAGUACUAGAAAUAUUCAUUUUUUUCCUUCACAAAUCUAAAUGUUGCUUAUGAAAACUCAUCUUAGAGUAACGAAUAUGUGGAAGUGGGUAGGUAGGAGGAAAUGUGCCUCUUUAAAAUCCUAAAAUUUUACCAUUGCUAUUGACAUUUGUUUGCAUGUAUAUAAAUGGAGCAUGUGUAAAUAUAGAAUUCCACUAGCAUUUUUUAUUUUAUUAUAAAUCUAUAAUAAAUCUAUAUAAAUCAC